AUGAAUACUCCAGGAAUUCGUUUUCUCCUGGCUCUUCUGAUGGCCGGCACAGCCGUUGCCUUGGCGAGCGACUGUUCAUCCUCCUGCACUUGCAAGUGGAAGCAGGGUAAAGAAACGGCUGAGUGUCACAACCAAGGACUGCAGACUUUGCCUGCACACCUAGAACCAUCAACACAGGUAAUCGAUCUGUCGUAUAACAACAUACAGAGACUCCCCAGUCAGGCAUUUCUGCAAGAGAAACUCACAAACUUACAGAAGAUCUAUUUGAUAAGUUGCAACGUACAAGAAAUAGAUAAUGAAGCCUUUCAGGAACUAAGCAACUUGGUCGAGAUCGAUCUGAGCAUGAACCUCUUAAAAAGAAUCCCAUCACAGGCCUUCAAACACACGCCUGAGCUGCGUGAACUCUACCUCCAAGGCAACUCUAUACAGCACAUAGAAUUAGGUUCUUUCAGCCACUUGCAGUCUCUGAAAAGCCUGGAUCUCAGCAACUGCAACAUUACUACGAUAGCCGCUCGUGCGUUUGAACCUCUGAGAAUGCUAGAGAAGUUGAAGCUCCAUGCCAACAAACUGACCACUCUGCAACCCCGUCUAGUGGAGAGCUUGCAGAACCUUCAUUUAGUGACGGUUCAUGACAACCCCUGGAUCUGCGACUGCCGGCUGAGGAAACUGCGAGAGUGGCUGGUGGUGACCCGCGCGCCACACACCAUUUCCCCCGUGUGCUCCUCCCCGCCCCGAGUCCAGGGCCAGAACUUCGACAGCAUGGACGAAGAUCAGCUCGCUUGUCCCCCAGAAAUCCUCCCGACGGGGCGCAAGAUUGAAAGUGUCGCGGGAGAUAACGCCACCAUUUGGUGUCCUGUGGGAGGUCUCCCCACUCCGGGUGUGACCUGGUAUGUCCGUGACAUAGCGGUGGAAAACGGCUCCAUAGUAGGCGGAGCAGGUGCGCAGGGGUAUAUCCUGAAUGAGGCCACUGAGGAGCGCGGGAGCCUGCUCGUAAUAGCAGAUGCAACCGUUCAGGAUUCCGGCUUGAACAUCCGAUGCGUUGCUUCAAAUGCUGCCGGCAGUGCAUCUGCAACCUUUAUUUUGACUGUCAGCAAUCGGGUGUCAGGCCUCGCAGGGUUCUCGGCCGACAAAAUUGCUGCAAUAUCAUCUGUAUUUGUGGUGGUUGUAGCCUUGCUAAUAGGAUUUUUUUCCUUACUGGCUCGCCGCCGGAACUCCCACACGCCAGUUCCAAUAAAAACCGUGACGGUGAACGGCGCUACCGAGUCUCGCAUUGCCGAUCUUCCAUACACUCCUUCGGCGUACGUCGGGGGAUCGGUGGUGGCUCCCUCGGACAACCCCGACCUUCUUUGCGAGGCAGAACCCAACUCCGAAGUGGAGACCGCCGACGGAUGCACAACGGACGAGGGGAGCCAGCACUCCCUCUGCAGCAACACGCCCAGGUUGAACGGACACAGCCGCAGCCACACCGUGUCUCUCGACGGCGACUCGCACAAGGCGGUAACUUGUCCCUACGACUCGAUGUGGGCGCCUGAAAGGGUCCACGCCAUGCUGGACUCCGCAGCGCCCGAACACGUUAUGCACACCUCACUCCACGAGCCUCUCACACCCAACUGCGACGCCCUUGUACAGCAACGGCUUCUCUCCUCGUCCCAGCGUCACCUCAACAACCGCCUCUCGUACCUACCAGACUUCGCGCCCGAUUAUUCCGAACUGUAUUCCUUCAGCCAAGUGGGCCCUGGCCAGACCUAUACCUCGAUGAGUGGCGUCCACGUUCCUCACUAUGGAACCAUCCCGCGCUCCAUGAAGACGAGGUCCAGCGCCCCGGAGAUCAUCCCUGGGGACGGGACACCGACGCUGACGCGGCACUCAAGGGCGUGGCACUAUGGUUCGGAAGGGACGCCCCUCAUGCCGCUCGAGCAACGGGGAGGGACCGUGCCUCUGAACCCCGCCCCGCCCACCACAGCAGCCAACACCUGCCUUCCAUCGCAACCUCUACAGAGCCACAGCAGCAAACUGAGUCGCAUCACUGCACGAGACUCGCCGGACGAGGGCUACCAGGAGGGGGCGGACGUCUAG